GUCCAAUAAUCUGGUUAAUUUGGUAAACUAUCCAAAGAGUAAUUAAAUGAUUCCUCGUCAUAAAUACUAAUUUUCUACGUUUUAAGCAAAAAAGACAAUAAUUAUUUGGUCUGAAAACUAAAAAAAGACACGAGAUUAAGGGAAGAAGAUAACGAUCUAGAGGAAUAGGCAAGUGGAAGAACCAGAACAACAGCUGUUCUUUUCUUCUAAACUUCAGAAGUCAGCCGACAGUUAAUUUCUCCUUUUUUUGAGGUUUUGUCGAAUCCUAUAAAUUUCAACUAAACUCUUCUUCAUUUUCAAUAUCAAAUCUUGUCUUCUUCUUCUUCUUCUUCUUCUUUUUCUUCUUCUUACAUUUGAUUUCUCUGUCUGAAUUCGAGAACCAGAUCUACUAAUUACCUGAGAGAAAAAAGAUCUGCUCUGUUUGUCUGAAACAGACAGAAGUCAACAAAUCUUUCAUUUGUUUUUUAGCAAAUCAAAGAAAUGGCCGGAGGGUUCGUCAGUCAAACGCCGGGUGUUCGGAACUACAAUUACAAACUGACACCGAAAGUGUUUGUGACAUGUUUCAUCGGUGCUUUUGGUGGUCUCAUCUUCGGAUACGAUCUCGGGAUCUCAGGAGGGGUAACCUCAAUGGAGCCAUUCUUGGAAGAGUUCUUCCCUUACGUCUACAAGAAGAUGAAGAGCGCACAUGAGAACGAGUACUGUCGAUUUGAUAGUCAGCUUCUCACUCUCUUCACUUCGUCUCUCUAUGUGGCGGCUUUGGUGUCUUCUCUCUUUGCCUCCACCAUUACUAGAGUUUUCGGAAGGAAAUGGUCGAUGUUUCUCGGUGGUUUCACCUUCUUCAUCGGUUCUGCUUUCAACGGCUUUGCCCAAAACAUCGCUAUGCUUCUCAUUGGUCGUAUCCUACUUGGUUUCGGAGUCGGAUUCGCCAAUCAAUCUGUACCGGUUUAUUUAUCAGAAAUGGCUCCUCCGAAUCUAAGAGGAGCUUUCAACAACGGGUUUCAAGUAGCGAUUAUCUUUGGUAUUGUGGUUGCAACGAUCAUCAAUUACUUCACCGCACAGAUGAAAGGAAACAUCGGAUGGAGAAUCUCUCUCGGAUUAGCUUGUGUCCCUGCAGUGAUGAUCAUGAUCGGAGCUCUGAUCCUUCCCGACACUCCCAACUCUCUCAUCGAACGUGGCUACACCGAAGAGGCCAAGGAAAUGCUUCAGUCCAUCCGAGGAACCAAUGAAGUCGAUGAAGAGUUUCAAGAUCUCAUUGAUGCAAGUGAGGAGUCCAAGCAAGUGAAACACCCAUGGAAGAACAUCAUGCUUCCUCGUUACAGACCACAAUUGAUCAUGACUUGCUUCAUUCCUUUCUUUCAACAACUUACCGGAAUCAAUGUCAUUACCUUCUACGCCCCGGUUUUGUUCCAAACCCUCGGGUUCGGUAGCAAAGCUUCCCUCCUAUCAGCUAUGGUAACGGGUAUCAUCGAGCUCUUGUGUACCUUCGUCUCUGUUUUUACAGUGGAUAGGUUUGGAAGAAGAAUCUUGUUCCUCCAAGGAGGUAUCCAGAUGCUUGUCUCUCAGAUCGCUAUUGGAGCCAUGAUUGGAGUCAAAUUUGGAGUGGCUGGAACAGGAAACAUAGGGAAAAGUGAUGCCAAUCUAAUCGUGGCACUGAUCUGCAUCUAUGUAGCGGGUUUCGCCUGGUCAUGGGGACCGUUGGGAUGGUUGGUUCCUAGUGAGAUAUCUCCACUAGAGAUCCGAUCAGCAGCUCAAGCCAUAAACGUUUCGGUCAACAUGUUCUUCACAUUCCUUGUGGCUCAGCUCUUCCUCACUAUGCUUUGUCACAUGAAAUUCGGACUAUUCUUCUUCUUCGCCUUCUUUGUUGUCAUAAUGACAAUAUUCAUCUACUUGAUGUUGCCUGAGACAAAGAAUGUGCCAAUCGAAGAGAUGAACAGAGUGUGGAAGGCACAUUGGUUCUGGGGAAAGUUUAUUCCUGAUGAAGCUGUCAAUAUGGGUGCUGCUGAGAUGCAACAGAAGUCCGUAUGAUGAUGAUCAAGAAUGAAGUUUUCUUUGGGCAAUAAAGAUUUAUGAGAAAAGAGAAAGUGAAUAAUUCUUGGGAUGAAAUAAGAAUAAUUGUCAAAAAUGCCUUACUUCCUAAAAGAAAGCUGCUCUGUCUUUAGCUUCAGAGACUUAGCUUUCAUUGUUUCUUCUUUCUUCUUUUUUAAUGUUUCUUUGUUGAAAUUGUUAUUUGGGGCCUAAAGAUGUAAAAACAAAAAAAAGAACAAAAUUAUUUAAAAAUGGUUUCUUAUUUUACAUUUCAUUGAAUCUUUAUUUGAGAAAAAUAGUGUUAACGCUUUAUGCAAGAAACAAGAAUAGUCAUCACUCAUCAAUCGAUAUUCCAG